AGAGAAGGAGAGUGAUGAUGGAAUGGAGGGAUUAUUAACAGAGAUUGUAUUCAAGAAAGAGGUGAGAAGUAAAUGGGGGAAAAAAAGAGGGAGAGUAAGGACUGCAGUAGGUAUAAAAACAGAGAGAUUGAGAUCAGGGAAAGGCAAAAAGAGAGGGAGAUGGUUACACAGGGAGAGGGAGAGAGAGAGAGAGAGACAGAGAGAGAGAGAAGGGAGGGAGGAUCAGUGAGCUCCGCGAGCAUGCAAGGAUCAGCAGCAACAGAAUGAGACGAAGAGAGAGAUAGAGCGCAGCAAAGAGUCGGAGGAAAGCGCUACUGAUGACUAAAGGACUAUCAGAGACGAGAGAGAGAGGGAGAGACACUGGGAACAAGGGAGAUGAGAGGUACACUGAUCAAGGAGGAGGAUAAGAAAAGAACAAACCAGAAAUGUACAGAAAAUCCAUCCACCUCAUCGUCUCUCAUCGGCUAUUCCUCAGAAACCGAAAGGAGCCUUGACAGCAAUGUCAAACUGGAAGUACCUGGGCUAGUAAGGAGGUCAUUAAUGGAAGGACAUUGAGAGUUUAUUGCUUCAUUGGAUAUUGAAUUUCCUGUCUCCAGCUUCCAUAUACAAACUCUAUUGCAGUGCUUCAAAUCUCACAUAUUCAUUUGAGUAAAGAAAAGCUGGACACAUUCCUACUUUCUCUGGGCAUAAUCCUGCUGAGUUUGGCUGAUGUCACCAUAUGCCCCCCUCCUAUUCAGCUCCUCAGGGGGCUGAACGCAUCUUAAGGACUAUGGGCAGGAGGGUGGCUGACCCAACCAAUCCGGUGCCUGCGCUGGGUGUUCCUCUGGCAGGGGGGCGAUGGGGCCCGCUAUGCAGUGUGGGGGUGCAGACGUCUCCUGGACUGAGGAUGCUCCCCUCUAUCAAACAACACGGCAGCCAACCAACCAACAUGCAACGGCCACUCACUAUGGCAACAGAAAAAACAACAACAGCGGAGACAGGUGGUGUCAUCAGAAGUGACAGCGCCUGUCUGCCAGUGUCCAAAGAAACAUCUCAGAAUGAAAUCAACAGCCUGACACAGGACGACAUGGGGUCACAGGGGUCAGGCAGUGGAGUUUACUGCCAGAUCAAAACCAUACGGACAAAUCCUAAUGAUACAAGGGGGAAAAGGACCACUCGGUAUACAAAUGGCAGCGUGGUCACUUCUGAUGCAGUGGGAGGGGUUUGCAGCGAGUCCACAGACGGUAAAGAGCCAAACCGAGAGAAGAGGAGGGUUCAGUCUCUACGUGGGGAAGGCCAUCGCUCUGUUUUAAAGACAGGGAGUGUUUGCACAACUGUACAUGCCACUCCACCUCGGCCCUGUCGAGUUAUGGCCACGUCUCCGACUCGCCUCUGUGCUACUUGCGGGAGGAGACGAUCGCAGAUUACACCCUGCACGGGAGCUUGUCGCAGACGGGCUGUCACUCAAAUAACAGCCAGCCAGACUUUACCUAAUCCCGUCCGAAAACAGUCUGUGCACCCCCACCAGUCCAGAAAAGACUCAUCCCCUUUGGACUCGCAAUCUUAUACCAAAAACACAGAUGUGGCAAACGCAUCAACACACACAUCAGUAAAGACCAGGCAAAUACCACAGCUGUCGCACACCAUACCGAAAACACACAGCUCACAUUCAAACCAGUCAACACAUGCACAGACCAAAACAAAAGAUUCAAAACAGAAGCCAAGGCCACAUUCUGCUGAAUUUACUCAUUACAAGGACUCAGCCACACAAACAAUAGAAACACAUGCUCACAACACAGACACAGCAACAGCUGCACACACAACCACUGUAGAAACAACACAACCACAUUCAGCGGACCAACAAAAGCAUGACCUGUCUAAAAUAAAUCAUACUGAAGCACAUCAACACACAUCAGUUAAUGCUAAACUGCCAGCUUCUGCCAUCCUCAGUGACCCGAAACCCAGCAGCACCCCACCUCUUCCACCAAAAAACACUCCCAAACAUGCCUUUUCUAAGCCGGCCACACCUGUAGCACAAACCAAAAACACUCCGGAAACCACAGACACAUCUAAACAAACAUCUUCAGAGUGCAUCAAACUCAAGGACUACACAAAACAGAAGAGUAAAUCAUUUGACGACCAUACCCUGCCUUGUAAGACUCAUAUGAAAGCACAAUGUAAUGGGGCCCCGGGGGGACUGUUGGGUGGACAUGCAGGAAAUGCACCACGUGGACUGGAGAGGCAGUUGCAGAGCGUGGAGGAGAACCUACUGUCCAACCAGGAGAAGAUUAAGGUGCUUCUCAAUGUCAUUCAAGACCUGGAGAAGAGCAAAGCCUUCAGCGAAGGUCGCAGCUCAUACAGAACUGGUCAGGACAUUAACAACUGCCCCACCUGCCAAAAGACAGCCUGCAUCAUCUACAGUGUGGAGCAUGAUUUCCGGCAGCAGGAGGGACGUUUCCAGGGGGUUAUGGAGGCGCUGGAAGGAGAGUAUGAUGUGCCUGCACCGACACUGACCAAACCCAUGCCAGCCUCCUCCUCUGGCCGUACCAGUACCAAGGCACGUGUUAAGAAACUCCGCAAAAAGUGUUUCUGGUGGCUCUAAGCUUUGGAAGAAACAGCAGUUCUGGGCAACACAUUCAUACACUGCAGGUGUGGAUUAUGUUUAAAUAUACCGUGGGCCCCAACGGUUCUACAGUAAAGUAUCUGUUUCCUCCAGGUGUACAGCAUGUAUAAGUCUCGUGAAAGGAGGGAUAUUUUUUCAUGAAGCAUCCCUGUAAAUGGCACGUUUUCUACAGCUGAGAGCCUCUGAAAAAAACACCCGGGACCAUAUGCAAAUGCAAGAAACACAGGAAGGAAAGAGGAUGAAAGAAGUCAUCUGUUGGAGCCAGACUUUAGCAGCUACUGUAAUUUGCGAUUAACUUUUGACUGAAAGUGAGGACAAUGGUUUGUAAUAACAAUUCUGUACCAGUGAUCAAGCAUUGACACUUUGGAUGACAGACGGCCCAAUGUUUGUCACUUGGCUGAGUGGUUGUCUAGACAGAUGGACAGAUGUAUGAGCGGAUUUAUGCCAAGAUGGAUUCAUGGCUACAGCUGGGAAUGAAUCUUUACAAUCCCAUUUGGCUAAAUACAGCAAUAAGCUGGGAAGUAGGAAUGACUUUAAAAAUCCAAGGAAUUUAUACCGCAAUACCCGAUGGCUUGACAGCCAAAAGUUGAAUGUAGCAACAGCUGAAGGCCUGAGAGUGGAAAACAGGCUGAUGAGCUCACGGAGUACAAAGACAGCUCGCUGGAUGGAUAUCAGGGUUUUGGAGAGCUGAGAUUGUAUGAAGAAUACAUUAAGAGACAAUUUGAUAGGCAGCUGAUCAAAGACUGACAGUCUAUGUCAGAUAAUUGAAAAUACUGUCAACGCUGACUGACAGAAUGACUGAUUCUCUCCUUUAUUACCAUCCAAAAUGGUAGUGUGGUGUUCCGAGCCUGAUUUUGUUUCAAGGAUUUUUGGUCACAUACAAAUACUGCACAUGCCAGAGAAAGCAGACAUGGCUUCCCCAUACAGUAUUAAGGAUACUCAAUGAAACACUAGAUAUUAGUGCUAUAAAUAUACAGAUACUGUACUAUAAACCCAAACGUGAAUCAGUGCAAACUAGGGGUAGAUCAAGUCACCUGUUCUCUGUUUUUUAUUGGCCUAUAUUCAUGUCACUUACAUGUAUCAGUGUCGCUAAAGUCACAACCAAAUUCUGAGGACAUACAGUGAAGAUAAAUUUAUGGACUUUUCCCUUUUUUCAAAAUGUGCAAAGUAUGCAGAACAAUGCACUGUGACAUACAAUAUGUUUAAGCCAUCAGUUUUCAUGUAAUGUAGCAGAAAAUAUCAGCAGUUUCAUAAGGCAUCUGAAGAGAAUUAUGAACUUAACACAUCUAAAAAUGUCCUUUCAAAUAAUACCACAAAUAACAGACAAAAGAGUCAGAAUAAAAACAAUUUAAAAAAAUGCUUAGUUUCAGAAAUCAAAACUCUAAAAUCAGUAAAAAUCCUGUGUUGCUGUUACAAACAAAACCCACACCAUCAUUUUACACAGUUUCCACAGUGCUUACUUCGCAGCAGUGUAGAGUGUAACCAACCACUAAUCUCACAAGAGCCUGCUUCAGCCGCUUCUGGCUGACACAUUGCCACCAAUUAUAAUUCUGGAUGACACCACACUUACUAAUUAACCAAUCCAUAUCCAAAAUGCCCUAUUCUUGCAUUUUAUAAGCCGUCUCAUAACAGUGUGUGAGCUCUCAAGAUGUCCCUUUCCUUUUGAUCUUCCUCUUGUGUGUACAAUAAAAGUGGGCAUUUUAAACAAAAUGUGCUGUUGUUAACAUAUUUUGUGCCUCAGGAUGUACAAAACAAACAGAGGUAAACAAAAUAAACAGAAGUGGAUAGAAUUACAUCUAACUACUUUCACUUUCAACAUUUGUGACUACAGUCGA